AUGGCUGGUGAAUUGCGGUCUGUUGUAGUUCUGGAGACUAAAGGUAUGGUUCCUGCGAGGUCUGACUUGGCGGCGGCAGAGGAACCGGCGUCCUGGCAGGAAGGUUUAUUCCAGGAUGCAGAUCCAUGCAGUGAUCAUGGCUAUCAUGUCAAGCUAGAUGCUACUGAAAAAACUCUCAUGCCAGAUGGGAAAAAAAUUUUUCCACAGAUUAUUCAAACAAAUGAACUUUUAUUUUAUGAGCGAUUCAGAGCGUAUCAAGAUUACAUUUUAGCUGACUGUAAGGCCUCUGAGGUAAAGGAAUUCACGAUCAGCUUCUUGGAAAAGGUCCUUGAACCAUCUGGAUGGUGGGCAGUCUGGCGCACUAAUGUGUUUGAGGUGCUGGUUGAGGUUACAGAUGUGGACUUUUCAGCCUUGAAGGCAGUAGUGAGGCUUGCAGAGCCAUGUAUCUAUGAAUCUAAACUGAGCACUUUUACCUUGGCCAACGUGAAGGAGCUUUUGGACCUCAUGGAGUUUCAACUGCCUCUUCAGGAGUUAUGGGUGGUGUCGGAUGACUCACGUGAAUUUCACCAGAUGGCACUUGCAAUUGAGCAUGUCAGGUUUUUUUACAAACACAUUUGGAGGAGUUGGGAUGAAGAAGAGGAGGAUGAGUAUGAUUAUUUUGUCAGAUGUGUUGAACCUCGAUUGAGAUUGUAUUAUGAUAUACUUGAAAAUCGAGUUCCCUCAGGACUUAUUGUUGACUACCACAAUCUGUUAUCUCAAUGUGAAGAGAGUUACAGGAAAUUUUUAAAUCUCAGAAGCAGUUUGUCAAAUUGUAAUUCUGAUUCUGAGCAGGAAAAUAUCUCCAUGGUGGAAGGGUUAAAUUUGUAUUCAGAGAUUGAACAGCUGAAACAAAAGCUAAAACUAAUUGAGAAUCCUUUGCUGAGAUAUGUUUUUGGUUAUCAGAAGAACUCUAAUAUCCAAGCAAAAGGUACUCGUCAAAAUGGCCAAAAGGUCACCCAUGUGGUUUCCUCCACCAUGAAGACAGGUCUACUGUGGUCUCUAUUCAGGGACAAGUUUUGUGAGGAGUCUUGCAAAGAAGAAACAGAAAUUCAGUUCCAUAGUGAUCUGUUGUCUGCUAUAAAUGCCUGCUAUGAGGGUGACACCGUCAUUAUUUGUCCUGGCCAUUAUGUGGUUCACGGCACCUGUUCCAUAGCGGACUCCAUUGAGUUGGAAGGAUAUGGUCUACCAGAUGAUAUUGUCAUAGAAAAGAGGGGCAAAGGCGAUACUUUUUUGGAUUGCAUGGGUAUGGAUAUUAAAAUUUCAAGCAUAAAAUUUAUUCAGCGUGAUUCUAUAGAAGGAAUCUUAAUCAUUCAUCAUGGCAAGACCACGCUAGAAAACUGUGUACUGCAAUGUGAAACGACAGGAGUUACAGUACGCACAUCAGCAGAACUUUUUAUGAAGAACUCAGAUGUAUAUGGUGCCAAGGGUGCUGGUAUAGAAAUAUAUCCUGGAAGUAAGUGUACCCUGACUGACAAUGGGAUUCAUCACUGCAAGGAAGGAAUCCUCAUUAAGGAUUUCCUUGAUGAGCAUUAUGAUAUUCCCAAAAUAUCUAUGAUAAAUAACAUCAUACAUAAUAAUGAAGGUUACGGUGUUGUUUUGGUGAAGCCUACGAUUUUCUGUGAUCUACAGGAAAAUGUCCAAGAUGAAGCUGGUGACAGUACAGUUCAAAAGACUAGAGAGGCUGAUGCCACUGAAGGAUUAGAUCUGGAAGAAAUGCUGCACUGUGUGGCUAGCAAAAUGGAGCUUUAUACUACAGCUGAUUUUUCUGAACAAGCUAAGGGAAACUGUGAAAUUAUAAAUGAACUACUUGCUAUUUCCAUGCAAAAAGGCCGGAUGAAGAAAAGAUUGAGUGAACUUGGGAUCAUACAAGCUAAUGACAACAUAAUGUCACAGGAAAUGUUUAUUGAAAUUAUGGGAAACCAGUUUAAGUGGAAUGGCAAAGGGAGUUUUGGCACAUUUCUUUACUAGCUACAAUGAUAUCACGAGCUCACAAAAUAUUGUAUUUUGAAUAUGUCCUAAGAAUCAUGCUGUUUAUGUAGUUUGUUUCACGGUUAUAUAUUAUAUAAAGUGUACUUGAUUGAUCUUGUAUGAAAUAUGGAUUUACUUCUAUUUAUAUGUAUUACUUACAAAGCUUAUAAGAAAUGCACAAAAACAUAAAGUAUGGUUAUAGAUGUAGCUUAGUAGUAGAACAUUUGUCUAACAUGCCCAAGGCCCAAUGCCCAAGGUUCAAUACCCAGCACUCUUUCCAAAAAAUGAAAGUAAACUAAUUGGAGAUUUCUUAUCUAGAAAAUCAUAUUUUCUUACCUGAGACCUCUGUCAUGUUAAUCUUGCUAGUACUUUUUUUUUUCAUUCUUUAAAUACACUUUGGUAUUGAAAGUGGAAGAGAACGGAGUUGGAAGAUGUGAGAAUAAGCAUGCAGUAGGUGUCAUGUACACAGUGCUCUUUAGCUUUUUUGAGAUAGGGUCUCUACAUACCAGUCACUUUUCAAAAACUUAGUGUGUAAAGCAUGCUGGCCUCAGACUCACAUUGAUCUGCCUGCCUCUGUCUCCUGAGUGCUGGUAUUAAAAACACAUGGCACCAUACCUAGUUUGAGGGUGAUACAUUUUUAUAUUGAAAUGUAUUGUCAUCAAAAUAGAAUUAAUAGGUUACAGAUAUGAAACAAAUGCAU